AAAAAAAAAAAAAAAGAAUCUGUCAAAAGGCAGUGCAAUUUCCUUUGCUCUUUAUAAACAGCCAUUAAAGCUCAUCUCUCCUUCUUCCCUCAGCAGCUACCACAGAUCUUCAGAAGGGAAAUUCACUUUCCACUCCCUCACUCACAAAAUCAAACACACAAACGCUUUCUCUUCUUCUUGUAAUUAUUUUCUUUCCUUCCUUCUUCUUCAACGCCGAUUGUAGGAAGAUUUGAAAAGGCCAGUCUUCACCAAAAUUGAGAAGAAUUAAUCAGGUAUGAAAGAAAGGCCAAUCUUAAAUCAAGUUUACAAUAUCAUCCAAUAUGGACAAAGCGCAGUGUGGGACAGAUGGCUUCAGCGAAUUAAUUUGCCACACCAUGAAGUCUCGCUCAAAGCCCCAGCCGGAGAGCAAAAGUUGGGCUGAAACGUGUUGUUGUUUGGGUUGUUCGUGCCUACAGCUGUUUUGGCCCAGAGUGGUCAUGCGUAAAUUGCUUAACAUCUCCGCCAAAGAGUCCGAUUACAGCGCCGAUUCUGACUCCGACAACGGCGACACUGAUACUGCUUCUGAUACCGAUGAAUUUUGUGCGUGCGGCGGAGAAUCACGGUUUAGAGGUAACGGAGGAAAGGAGGCUGAGGCUCCGGUUGAUUCUAUCAAUGAUGCUCUUCCAAGACUAAGGAGACGAAAAUCAGAAACAUUUAGGACACAGUAUAUAAACACUAAGGAACUCAGAAUAUGCGUUGGUACAUGGAAUGUUGGAGGAAAACUACCACCUGAUGAUCUAGAUAUUGAUGAGUGGAUUGGUAUUGAUGAACCGGCUGACAUCUAUAUUUUUGGUCUUCAGGAGAUUGUACCACUGAAUGCUGGGAAUAUAUUUGGUGCUGAAGAUAAUCGCCCAGUUCCAAAGUGGGAAAACACUAUUCGUGAUGCAUUGAAUAGAAUUCGACCAACAAAGACCAAAGUUAAAUGCUAUACUGAUCCCCCAUCUCCAUCAAAAUUUAAGCCAUCUGAUGAUGUGCCAGAUAUAGAAGAAGAGAUAUUACUUGAAAGUGAUAGUGAUGUUGGUGAGGAAAUUCAUCCAUUGGAUGAAGCUGAAGAUAGUCCAGACAUGGGUGACAUGGAUGUUAAUUCUGGAGUUGCAUCUGAUACGAGUGGCAAAUUAGGUGUCCCAGUAGAACAGGAUUUACAGAGACAAUUUUCUUCUCCAAAGAAAUUAAGUAGACUAAAUUGUUUGCGAACAGAAGAUUCUGCUGGAGAUGUAGAAGUAUUGGCAGGUCAAAACAACCGGCAGUUAACCAAAAUGCUAAGUGGCACUGAAAGGAUUGGUUUGAGCUGGCCAGAGCGCCCACUGGACUUGUUAUCUCAGCAUGUUUUACAGAGACCAAGUUCCUUUAAGGCAGUUAAAUCUUUUAAAGCAAGCAAGUCUUUUGGAGCAUAUAGUUCUUUUAAGUCGGUCACAAAUGAACUGCAAUCAGACUUAGCUUUGCUUGCAGAACUUGACCUUGAAGCUCUCAUGAAACGCAAAAGAAGAUCACAAUAUGUAAGGAUAGUAAGUAAGCAGAUGGUUGGAAUUUUCCUCACAAUUUGGGUUCGUAGGAGCUUGCGGAAGUACAUUCAGAACUUGAAAGUGUCUACUGUUGGUGUUGGUGUCAUGGGCUAUAUUGGUAACAAGGGAUCUAUAUCAGUCAGUAUGUCUGUAUAUCAGACUCUUUUCUGUUUUAUAUGUUCUCACCUGACAUCAGGUGAAAAAGAUGGAGAUGAACACAAAAGAAAUUCUGAUGUGCAUGAAAUACGUAGGAGAACUCUAUUUCAUAGCAAUUCUGGUAUUGGGCUUCCAAAACGCAUCCUUGAUCAUGAGAGAAUUAUUUGGCUAGGUGAUUUGAACUAUCGCAUCAACUUGUCAUAUGAGAAAACACGUGAACUAAUCUCCCGAAAGGAGUGGUCUAAGUUAGUGGAGAAGGAUCAGCUUGUACGAGAACUAAGAAAAGGUCGUGCAUUUGAUGGAUGGACUGAGGGUACGUUGAAUUUUCCACCAACAUAUAAGUAUGAAAUGAAUUCAGACAAAUAUUAUGGAGAGGAUCCUAAAGCUGGGAGGCGUGUUCCAGCAUGGUGUGAUCGCAUCCUUUCUUAUGGAAAGGGUAUGAGGCUACUCAAGUACAGGAGAAAGGAGCUCAAACUUUCUGAUCAUCGACCUGUUACAGCAACGUAUAUGGCCGAGGUUGAGGUGUUCUGUCCUAGGAAGCUACAGAAGGCACUCACGUACACAGAUGCAGAGAUUGAAAAUGAGGAAGUUCUAGAAGAAGCCAUUGAUGUUGGAAUGAACCAAUUGAGAUUGGAGCAGGUGAGUAGUAAUAUAUGCAUGUGCCCUGCUUAAAUAUGGAUAGGUUUGAUACUUUGUUGCGUCUGAAGGGUGUAUUAAAUGUAUAAAAUUCUUAAACAUUAUUCUUAUCUUGAAAAGAAAUCUGUUUUAAAAACAUGUGGAUUAUCUACUUUUACUGUGAGGACAAGUGGCCUGCUAAUUUUUAAACCCUAAACAUCAGAUAGUGACAUGGGAAAAUGAUAGAUCUUUGUGUCGUAUUAGUGAUUCCAUGAUCAUAAAACUAGAUGGUUCUGAAUCAUUUCACUCGAUCAUAUCAGUUUCUGUUUGAAAAAGAAAAAUAAUGUUAUGCAGUUAUGGUUAAUUAGUGGAGGCCCCUGUCAUGGAUAUUCUAGAACCGGCUGAAAAAAAAAUUGUGCUUAUUUCCAACUAGAGCCUUGGUCUUUCUUAUUUACCCGACAUAUGUUCU